AUGAGUAUUAGUUCACAUCGUUCCGUUGAAUGUAGUGUAUGCCUUCAACCACUAAUAAACCCUGUUAAACUACCAUGUGGACAUUCCUUUUGUUUUCUAUGUGUAAAAGGUGUAGCAAACGUGAGCCAUAAUUGUGCUCUUUGUCGAAAACCGUUCUCACGUGAACUUAUUGAUAAACCAAAUGUGUUAGCAGCUGAAUUACGCGAUGACGAAUCAUUAUCACCGAGUGAUUCCACUUCACGACACGUAUGGUAUUAUGAAGGACGUAAUGGUUGGUGGAUGUAUGAUCAGCGAACAAACGACGAAAUUGAUCAAUCAUUUCGUCGUGGUGAUCGACGAGUGGAAAUCUUGAUUGUGGGUCAUCUCUAUAUUGUUGAUUUCGAGAAUAUGAAUCAAUAUCGUUUGAAUGAUACACAACGUCGUCGUCGAAUCAAGUAUGAUUUAAUCUCUGCACCAAAGAAAGGAGUUGCUGGAUUGAAACUCGAUCUCCAGCGAACAACGCAAUACAAUCCAGCGAAUGAUGAAACACCUGUUGUACCAUCUCUAGCUUCGUCAAUACCAUCAAUAAUCGCAAAUUCUUCUCCGGCAGAUCAAUCUCGAUCAAAUGCUGACGGAGAAGAGCCGAAUCUAGCAUCGCCUGCCGUUCUUCCCGUCGAUGACACUAAUCGAACAGCUAUUCGACAACCUGCUGAUGGCCUUGGUAAUCCGAGUACGACUAAUCCAAAUACUUGGCGAACAAGUACCAACGUCGACGGACGUCGCUUAAUAUCAUCGAGCAGUGAUGACGAUGAUGAUGACGAAGACGAAGUUCCACGCGCAUCUCGACUCCGACCUGUUUUGAUUGGUGGCGAAGACGAUACCCAGUAUAACAACCAUUCCAAUAAUAUUCCUGUCGAUGACAAUGAUAAUACAAUAUUAACUAAUCUUUCAUUGAAUGACUCGAAUAAUUAA